AUGCCAUCAUCAUUUAUUCGAAAACACGUUCGUGGUCUUCUUAGGAAUAAGUUUGGGCCAUCAACAAGUUUGGAUAAUGAGAAUCAGGAUGAACCAACAACGCCACGUGGAGAUAACAACUCAGAACUUCAACACUUUCUGGGUGGAAUCGAUCUUCGAAGACAUGAAUUUCCAGAAGUUUAUUCUGGAAAAACUGGUCUAGAUCUACCUGCAAUUCAGCUGGAAACUCUCGAUUCAGAAGUAUUCGGAUCGUAUACAGGUCCAGAAGGAGGGCUCACAGAAGUCGGUGAAGUAAGACAGGGACAUCAAAUGGCUCGAAUGGCAAAUAUCGAUGAUGAAAUGUCCUUAUCAAUUGAUGGAACAACAGAUGAAGAAGCUGAAGAUGAAGAAGAUUUAGAUGCUCCAAUUUCGAUGAACUUAAAGAAAAGUUCGAGACAUUCUUUACUCCUUGGAUCAUGUUCUUCAAUUCUCGGUCCAAAUGGAGAACAUCAUGAUUUCAGUGCAGGUCGUCCAUCAGCUGAUGAUUAUGAUUGGAGUGCAUUUGACGAACAAGGAGCAUUUGGAAUGAGUGUUUCAUUGUAUGAAAAGAAUCCAAUAAGUGGAAUUAACGCUGGUGAACCAAUUGCUGACGUUUGGGGAGUUGUUGGAAGAAAUAAUAAUGGAGUUCUGGCAUUGGCUGAUGGUGUUAACUGGGGAGAAGGUGCAAGACUGGCAGCAAGAUGUGCGAUUAGAGGAGCGAUUGAUCAUAUGAACACAAGAGUUAUCAAAGAUUCAUUAUCUGAUACCACAGAAGUAUUUCAUGAAAUGCUCGCUGCAUUCCAUUCAGCUCAUUCUCUAAUUCUUCAAGAAGGAGGAAUGCUCACAACACUCUGUCUGGCUCUUGUGGCUCCAGUUAAACGUGGAAAUGGAUGGGCUCUAUGUGUAUGUAAUGUUGGAGAUUCACUCUGUUUUGUCUAUAAUCGUCAUUACGGUGUACGAGAAGUGACACUUGGAAGUCAUGAUAUAGAUCAAAUGAGAGAUAUGAGAGAUGCUGGAGGAGCACUUGGACCUGUUGAUGGACGCAAUCCACAGCUUCAUAAUUUGACAUGUUCAAUGACUUUUGUAGAAGAAGGAGACGUUGUAUUCAUCACUUCUGAUGGUGUUUCCGACAAUUUCGAUCCUGUCGUUGGCAAAUUCUGUGUCAUUAAGAAAACUGAGCAUGAAAACAAAGAAAAUUCACAUCUUCCUCCAAGAGACGAUCGAACAAUUGACGUCGCUACACGUGGAGGAGAGAAAAAUUCAGAAUAUGCCAGAAACCGCCCGUGUGCAGCUUCUCUCCCGUGUGUAGAUGCUGCUAAACGGCACGAGUUAAUGUUGGUUCGAAUGAGAGAUGUGAUUGGAAAUGGAUUCGGAAACGAAACUCCGAGAGGGCCUGCAUCUGAAUAUCAAUAUCCACCAGUUACUGCAUCAACACUUUGUCAUCGUUUGAUUCAUUUUGCCACCCAACUUUCAACAGCAAAACGCCGUGUAUUGGAGAAUCCUGAGUUGUACAAACGAGAAAGGAUGACAAAAGCAGAACAAAGAACAAGGCGGAAAAUGGUUCGAGAGAAAAUUGCUGAUAUGCCCGGAAAACUAGAUCAUGCAUCAGUAGUUGCCUAUCAUGUGUCUCGUCGAGGAUCGGAGAAGGAACCAUCAACACCUCCAGCAGGUCUUCAACAGUCUCAAACUGACAAAUCUCAAUUGAUAUCUUCCACAUCAAUUAGCUCGUCAGAAGCAAUGGAUACGGAACCAACAAUUGCAUUAAAACUUGAGAAAACAUUUGCUCGUGUUGCAUCUGCUCAAUGUGUGGAACAUCUCGUAGAAGAGUCACGAGGAACUGAAAUAGUUGAAGUGGAAAUUCAAGAACCACUUCCGCCUCCGUCUCCAAUGAAAUAUAAACCAGAGCAGCUUAUUCUUCAUGAUUUAGUUGAUAAACCAGUCAAAGAGAAGAAUAAUAACACUCCAAUUGCUAGAAACGAACUGGAAAAUCGACCAGUUAGCCCUUAUGAACAACUUCCAAUAAGUUCCCGAGAUGCUGGUAAACGCAGAAAGAAGCAUGGAAGAGGGUCAAUUGGUCGGCACACUUUAGGCGUUGAUGUCCAGUGGCUCAAAAAACUUGUAACGAAAAAAGAAGAACAAAAAACUACAGAUGAUAUUAGAGGUGAUGUAAGUCUGAGUUCUGCAAACACGGAUCGUACAACUCUCCGUCAACGUAUCAGAAGCAUGUUGGGUUCGAAUCGGACACUUUCCAACACUGAACAAUCUACUGUGAAAAUCUCAAUGAAAGCAACUAAUGUCUAA